CCGACCCGCGAGGGAGCAGAGCCCCGGCGGUGCGCCCCGGCCCGGCUGCGCCAGCAUGUCCUCGACGGAGAGCUCGGGCCGCACCGCGGACAAGUCUCCGCGCCAGCAGGUGGAUCAACUGCUCGUCGGGCUGCGCUGGCGGCGGCUGGAGGAGCCGCUGGGCUUCAUCAAAGUCCUCCAGUGGCUCUUUGCUAUUUUCGCCUUCGGGUCCUGCGGCUCCUACAGCGGGGAGACAGGAGCAACGGUUCGCUGCAACAACGAAGCCAAGGACGUGAGCGCCAUCAUUGUUUCGUUCGGCUAUCCCUUCAGGUUGCACCGGGUCCAGUAUGAGAUGCCACUCUGCGACGAGGAAUCCACCUCCAAGACCAUGCACCUCAUGGGUGACUUCUCCGCCCCUGCCGAGUUCUUUGUGACUCUUGGAAUCUUUUCCUUCUUCUAUACCAUGGCUGCCCUAGUCCUCUACCUGCGGUUCCAUAACCUCUACACAGAGAACAAGCGCUUCCCACUGGUGGACUUCUGUGUGACUGUCUCCUUCACCUUCUUCUGGCUGGUAGCUGCAGCUGCUUGGGGCAAAGGGCUGACCGAUGUCAAGGGGGCCACAGGGCCAUCCAGCCUGACCGCAGCCAUGUCCGUGUGCCAUGGAGAGGAAGCAGUGUGCAGUGCUGGGGCCACGCCCUCCCUGGGGCUGGCCAACAUCUCUGUGCUCUUCGGCUUUAUCAACUUCUUCCUGUGGGCCGGGAACUGUUGGUUUGUGUUCAAGGAGACCCCGUGGCAUGGACAGGGCCAGGGCCAGGGCCAGGGCCCCAGCCAAGAGAGUGCAGCUGAGCAGGGAGCAGUGGAGAAGCAGUAAGGAGCUCCCACCUGGCUACUCCCGAACUGGACAGCACCUCUUCAACACCUCCGGCUUCCAGGACCUCCCUCUUCCUCCUCCUCCAACUCCCCUCCCCUAUCAUUUCUGGGCUUUGAGC